CACUGGGCGUUAGCGAAGUAUAUUAUAUUACCAUGGAUUGAUUUCACAGGAAGUCACGCUUUUUGUGGUGGUUUUCGGUCUUACACAACAGCGAAAUGUACUGAUCGUCCUUAUUUUCACAGAUUAUCGACUGACCUUACGAGUUGGGUUAGGUUGGUCGAAAAAUGGUGUUCAAAUAUGGGCAAAAGUGCACAGAACAAAUUCAGUCGAGCGCGCAAAAGUGUCUCGGCGAAACAACAAAGUUUGACCAAGUUGUUAGCAAACGAACACAACCCAGAUGCUAUCAGAUCUCUGGUACAGCUCUAAUCUUCCUAAUCAUUGGACUAGUCUUGGUUAUUUUGUGUCGCCGAUACAUCAAAGACGUUUUGGAAGCGCUACAGAAUUUGGAUGAAUGGCAAGGGAUUCUGUUGUUUGUAAUCAUGUUUACGGUUGUUUCUUUCCCAAUGACAUGGGGUUACAUCUUUCUUAACGUAGCAGCGGGUUAUUUGUAUGGAUUUGUGCUUGGAUUUAUCGUCGUUAUAUUUUCCGUACUGUGUGGUUUAUCAAUUGCAUUCAUUGUUUGUAGACGAUAUUUACGAGAUUUCGUACGCUCAAAAUUGGAGUCGGAUAGUUUAAAAGCUAUUAUGCGUGUUGUGGAGGGCAAACGUGGUAUCAAAGUCAUUGCAUUAACUCGGCUUACACCGGUACCCUUUGGACUGCAAAAUGGAUUGUUUUCGGUAACUAAUGUUAGUACAGCUAAAUAUGUAAUUGCAUCUACAAUUGGACUUCUUCCUACACAAGCACUGAAUUCAUACAUGGGAUCUACAUUUCGUUCUUUGGAAGAUCUGGUUGAAGAGCAAUCUGGAGGAUACAUUAUCCUGUUUGUUCAAUUCAUCAUUAGUAUACUUUUAAUGACGUAUGUUAUACGCCGAGCAAGAAGGGAAUUGAAUAGAACUUGCGAUGAGACAGAGCCUGAAGUUCUUGCUAAUGGUCAUAUAAUAGUGGCUGUACCAGAAGAAUUUCAACUGAUUCCAGAAGAAAAGAAUUUUAAAAUAGAUUUUGACUUAGAGGCACAGCUGGAAGAGAAAGAGUUCAUUGAUCACAAAACAGCUAAAAAAGGCCACAAGAGGUCAAAAUCUGCAUCAGCUGUGUUAACUGCAGUCAAUGAAAUUGCCAAAGGAGCCCAAACUCCAUAGCUAUUGUUCAUGAACUAUCAUUUGUAUUUUUUAUUUCCUUGUGGAUGAUUAUGUUGUUGUUUGAAACUAAUUCUAGGUCAAAAUGGUUUUAAUUAAACUAUUUUUAUUUGGUUUUUAAUUUCGAUUGAUUUGCCUUUGUUCCAAACACUGGUUUAUUAUCACAGUGUUCAUACAAAGUAAAAUACAAGGUCAUCUUGUUUUAAAUCAUUUUUACUCAAAAAAUCGGCUACACUUGGUUUAGUUUUCUGUUAUUAGGCUUACAGUGUAUGUUUAGGAUGAUUUGGGAUGAUCAGAGAUUUCAAACUUUUUGCCAUCCUUAAUGUUUCUGAUAUUAGCUCAGAGGCAAUAAAGGUGAUAAAGAGUACUCUUGUAAAUCUGUGACUUCUUGUUUCCAUAAGUUGGAAACAUCCAGAUGUGGGGGUACAGCAAAUUAAGGUCAUUUGUAUUUUAUGUAAUGGUGGAAAGAGGACGUUUUAAUGAAGUCUUAUAUUUAAACCAAAAAUUAGAGGAAAAGGUGAUAAUUGCAAAUUGCAGUACAGUACUCAUUAAAAAUGCACAUACAAGCAUUUAAAAAACGAGAGAUUUCCUCUCAGAUUAGGCUUUCCCUGGUCUCGUAGACUGCAAACAACUUGGCAUAUUCAUUAGAUUGUGCAAAAUUGUUAGGUAGAUCAAUUUAAGAAAUAUUUUUUUUAAGAGAGGAACAUGAUAAGUAUUUGCUACAAACAGCACCAGUCUUCCCAUCAAAGCUUAAGACCAAAGUAACAAUCCUUUGCACUUGUUACUGUACGUUUUAAUGGCAAGUUAAUAGGCAAUUCUGUUUCUGAUAAAGUAUUCCCAAUAAACUGCAAGUGGGUUUCAAGUGGGUCAGAGGUGAUUAACUUUCCUUGUUUAUUUAAGAAUUUUGAAAUUAAUGGUAUUGCUAGAUUGGUUGGGAUUUUAUUGGGAUGUUAAUUAUUUUAACAAUUCAGGUGCCUGAACCCAUGCAUUUACCAGGCAUAUUUAUUUAAUCUAGGGCUUCAAAUUAUUCUAUUCUUCAGUGGGCCUUGUCUGAAGGCAGAUUUUAUUAGAAAAUAAAUAUAUUUAGCCUAUUUUCAAAUUAAUACUUAAUCUGGAUUCCUUUCAUCUUGGAACAGCUAUCAAUAAUGGUUUUCUGGCUUUGUAACAGUUUCAAGUUUCUCUGCAAUUUACAGUGUCUGGCUAAAGCAGUGUUCUUCAGAACCACAAGUGGCCAGGAUUUUCCUUGGCUACUUCCUUCUGAGGCUGCAGCUAACUGUUGUGAUCAGGAAAAUAAUUCUUCCUGCUAGCUUGGUUUUUUUAAUGUAUUUGUUUGUCUGGUAUUUUUUUAAAAAAAAAAAAAAAAGAAAAAAUCUCUGGAGAACACUGGUUGGAGAUUAAAUUUGAUCAGAGAGUGUUUUGACUUUUUUUGUUAUUAUGUGAAAAUUUAUUUAAUAAUCUAAUAUCUUCAUUUUUAGUACUAUUUCGAUAUUAUUUUACUCAGUUCAGAGAAUAUGACCAUUAUCUUCUCAGUCAGAUGAUUUCAAGUACAAAUUUAGCCAAAAUUCCUUCUUCAUUGACUGUACAGAAGAGAGUAAUAAAAAUCACAGUACAUGAAAA